GUUUAAGAAAAUCAAAGAAAAAUAACUAAUUAUUUACCUGGACCAGCAGGAGAGAAGCGCAGAGAAGGAUAGCCUUGAAUGCCAUUUUAAUGGUUUCUGUAGUAAGCGUCUUACUAAAGUAUGCUUUUCAGUAAGAAUUGUAGGACUUUUUAUAGUUCUUGCGAGUCUUUCGACAUUAACAUAAGAUAACAUAUAUUAACUUUAAUAGGCACGUUUGUCUACCUAUAUUCAAGUGUUCUAAAAUUAGUCCAGACUUACUUGAUAACAUAAAUCGGCCACGUGUUUCGUAUUUUGAAAUGCUAUUGUUCUUCUUAUCAUUGUUUUAAAUUGGUUUAUUAUAAAAGCUGAUCUUCAAGAGUAUUUAACAUAGUUUUUUCGACCUUCGAAUAAACAACGUCAACCAUGUCUCCUUACACCGUGUUGGUCCUCUGCAUCCAGAUCUGCCUGAUCCAGUCAGUGAUGAGCCAGCGCUGCUGCGGUUCCAGCAUUAGAUACUUCUAUGCUCGGAUUCUAUCACAGAUUUUUAACAUAAAUAAUUAUUAUUUUCAGUCCGUGUUGACCCAGAAGUGCUGCGGUUCGGGUAAAAACUCCUACAGCUCCGGCAGUAGCUGCGGCUCGUACGGCGGGGAGGGCUGCGGACAGGUGGGCGCGGCCGGCAACAUCGACGCGUGCGGCAAAACCUGCGUCGAGGGCUCCGUGCCCGUGCUCGGCUCCGUCUGCUUCGACGGCUGCGCGCCCGCCUGCGGCUCCGUCUCCAUCUGCGGAAAAUGCUGCGGAUGCGGAUGCAAGUAA